ACGAAUUUUAGGUUGGCAAUGUCGCUGAAAAGUGCGUUUGAUUUGAUGGCAUUUAUAAUAUUCAAUUUGGCGAAAAAAUAAACCGCUUAAAAUAUUUACUGUUAAGAGAUAAGCAUAUUCCAACACAAACGGUUUUAUUUGAAAUACACAAGUAAGAAAUCUAUCGCUACAAAGUGAAAUAAUCGCUUGCAAAAGCUAUAUAGCGUCGCCAUUUCUGCAAAAAUCUGUCAAACAACCUCAAGGUUUGUCUGUCAAAUGGUUAUUUCAGAAGUAAACAAUAAUAUAUAUCAGAAAAACUAUAAUUACAUUAAUUACUCCUCUAAUUGCAUAUAAAAUACACAUCACUUCAGUUUAUUACAAGUAUCAUUUGCCUUCUUUCAUUAGCAGUGUGCUUUGAUGACUUUUUAGGUCAAGUCUCUGUGACCAAUAUGGGCAUACCUAUGAGGACCAAGGCGGCAAGAGCAGAGGCAAUUUGAAUGGUCAGAAUGUGAAAAGUGUGCCUAAAUAUCCUAGGGAUCAUGCAAGGAUCCAAAAAGAUACCGCUCACCAAUCUUAAUCCAUACAUAACUUGCAAGCUCUGUAAUGGAUAUUUUGUUGAUGCUACUACUAUCAUAGAGUGCUUACACAGCUUUUGCAGAAGCUGUAUUGUGAAAUAUUUAGAAAAGAACAGAUACUGUCCUGUCUGCGAUGUGCUGGUUCACAAGACAAAGCCUCUACUCAACAUCAGACCUGAUAAAACUAUACAGGACAUGGUCUACAAAUUGGUUCCCAGAUUAUAUCAAAAUGAAAUGCGCAGGAGAAGAGAAUUUUAUAAUAGCCAUCCUGAAGCUAAACCGUCAAACUUGGAACAAUGUAGUGAAGCUGCAUAUUUGCAUUUAUUAACACCCGAGGAGACUGUUUGUCUCACUAUGGUGUACCAUGACUCCGGAGGCAAACCUAGAUAUCUGAGGUGCCCUUCAGCAGUUACAGUGAAUCACCUGAAAAAAUUGAUUCGAGCAAAAUAUGACCUGACAGAAAACCACAGAGUUGAUAUACUUUACAAUCAAGAUUGCCUUACCCCUAACCUUACAUUAAUGGAUAUAGUAUAUAUUUAUCUUUGGAAAAAGAAAGGACCAAUAGAAUUAACGUAUCGGAUCUACGAAAAUAUCGCGAAGAAGCCGAAAUUAGAUCUUUCCGAGUCAUCACACACUGCACCACAAGACAACACAAACAACAACAAUUGGAAAGAGGUGCAGCUUCGUAUCAGCGAAAACGGUGAAAUGUCCAUCACAGAUAUUCAAGGCGCCUCCAUUGAUGAGCUUGUAAAUACUGAACCAAAGUACAAAAACGAUGUGGUGAUGGUUGUUGAUUCCAACGUGUUACCAGCAACCAAAAAAGAAAUUCCAGAAUUGAAGCCUGUCAGCGCCCCACCCUGCAUUUUGACAGCAUCUAGUAUUCUUGCAUCUAGUAGCUCUCCAGUGGUGACUGAUUCUCUGGUGAAUGAAAUGAAGCUGCCACCGUGCCUCGUAGCUACAAAUGAGGGGAACAUUGGUUGCGCGACACUGUCUUCUGAGACAAAUACUACAACAGUGUACAGUACAAUAAAUACCUCGAAAUGCAGCACAACAAGUGAAGUAAGCAGUUACAGUGUACCGAAAAACAUCGAUGUUGUGAUAGAAAAAGUCGAGCCGAAAGUGUCUGAAAGCACGGAUGUUAAAGUGAACGAAUGUGCCGAACCAAAGGCGCCGCUGCAAAACAGUGGCGUGAAGAGGAAGUGUGAUACGGUCGGUGAGGUGGAACCACCUCCUCCAAAGCAACCGAAGCCUACGAUACUGAACCACACGAUCGGGCUGUUGAAUCUCUCUAACAAUCAUCCGCUGAAGAAGCAUUCGAAGCUAAACAGAAAUGGCGAGAAUAUUAAUAUACCAAAGAUCCCAACUUCGGAGGUAACAAUCACGCCGGCGACAACCAUCAGCAGUUCCGCGAACAAGCUGAGCAACACUACAACAGUUAAUACCGCAAAACCCAGCACCUGUACUACCACAUCGAGUACCGAGAAUCAGAGUGGUACGUCGUUUCCUAAACAGCAGAUCUUCCAGAACAAGGCUCUGUCAGUGGCUCAAAUCAGCAUCAGCAGGCCAGGAACACCCAUCACGGUGCCUAAACCGGCCAUCUCAAUCACUAGGACAUCGGGGAAUCCCCCUGCUCCGGCGACUAAGCAGCCGGUUGCCAGUGUCGCCACGUCUUCGUACGUUGCGGGUGGAGCUCUCUCCAAAGCGCCAUGUUACGUGCCCAGGCCGCAUUAUAGUCCGAGCAUCACCGUAUCUAAGGCUGUGACUACGAUCACGACGCAGAGUCCUUCUAGCAGCGCGACAGCUACAUCCGCAACCACCAUCACGCCAGUCUCGACAUCUCUGAAACCUGAAGUGCGAACGUUGAACGCAAACUACUCCCCAGUAUCGCUAACUCCGCAGCAACAACCGCAAAAUGUCGCGAAUCCAAACAACAAACUGAACAUCAAGUCGAAACCAAGUACGCCUAUUGGGUACAAGACGCUGCGUGAUCCUCCGAAAAGUUGGAACUCGCAGAUAUCGAAGGCGAAUUUGAGCAAGUCUCCGCAACCUGACCCGAAAGUGGAUCUGAAGAGCGUCAGACCGGCCAAGUUUUUCAAAAUGAGGAACAAUAUGCCGCGGUAUUUAGGAAACCCAGCAUCAGGAGUGAAACCGAUGUACCAGGUACACGUCACUCCGGACAAAGACAAGGCUCAAGAACCUCUCAAAGCGGAGAAGAGCGAAAUCAAGAAGCAUUCCAUCGUGAAGAUCGACCCGAAGACGCUGAAGCCAAUCUCGGAGAAAGCACCCGAUACGGCGAACCUCAGCAAUCAUCGUGCGCACAGCCCUAGCUCGUCGAAGAACAGCGCUACAGCCGCCGCUCAAGCGUUGGCUAAUCACAAAGCCAUAAGUCAGGCUUUUUCAGCAGCUGGUCUGAGCGUCACUCUGACCGAUCCGCUUGCGAGCGCUGCCAGCGGUAUUACCGGCGACCUGAAGAUCAACACUAGCUCCGUGUCGAUAUUCAAUCCCUUGAAGUUGCAAAGCAGCUCGCCUAAGGGCGACAGGAAAUCGCCCAAGAGCCCGCAUUCGCCCAAGAUGAAGACGGCUGCUGCUUCACCAACUGGUGUGAAUAAGCGAGAAAAGCCAAAGGUAAACUUCACCCCGCCGAACCCAUUCGUGCCCAUGAGCCCCACUGGUUCACCGUUUCUAUACAGCGGCGGCGCGACAGCUGGCAACGUCGCAUCGACCGUCACGUCACCAUCUAACGCUGCUGCGACAGCUGGAGGAUUCCCGCCACCUUAUGAUCCACGGGUCAUGGCCGCCUACCAGUACAGCCUCUGGUACGGACAACGUAUGGCGUUUCCUGGAGCUCCCCUACCGCCUGGCUUGGCGCAGUUUGACGUGAUGGCGGCUUCACACGCUGCUGCACAAGCGGCGGCAGCGGCAGCAGCUGCCGCGCAUGCGCAACAGCAAGCGAGCGUGUCGAAAACGGGUGAUAUGCAUGUCACGUCCAAUAUCGGGAAUAAGAGAACGAGUUCGCCCAAAACUAUUAUGAACCCACCUAACGCCACCAUCACUUCUCGAACGGAAAAUCUUCCACCAAAGUCUCCAAAACUGCCAUCAACCUACAAAAAAUCUCCGAAAGAGGCGAAGAACGAGAAAAGUCUUGAAAAUGCGGUCGAGAAAUUGACGCAGAAUAGGCAUAAGGAAAUUGCCAAUAAACAGGAACUUCUAAAAACAAACAUUCCAAAACCAGAUGACAAGAAAUUACCAACUAAAGACGUUGAAUCCAAAGUCCCUAUAAAAGAUUCAAAAGAAAUGCCUCAGAUAGAAGACAAAGCUGCUACAGACAAAGCACUCGCCAUGGAAGAAGUUAAAAACAGCGCUAACAAAGCUAAAGAAGCAACGGAAGUCGAAAAAAAGAUUGAAGAAAUAGUCAGCAGCAAAGAAACAAAAUCCAUCACUGACACUAGUGACACUCCUACAGACUCUGCUGAAAAGCAUGACAUACUAGUGUCAAAUGACACUCAGAAAACUGAAUCUGAUACCACUAAACCAAAAAUAAACUGUAAUGCAGACAAAAACGAAAAACAGAAUUCGGAAAAAAACAAUGAGUGUGUAAGCAAAGUUGAUGAUUCAAGCAAAACCACAGAUUCAAAUAGAACUACGGAGAACAGUGAUACCACGUGUGAUGCCAAGAGCAGUGAAGUGAAUCAUGUGAAAAAGAUUGACGUUGAGUUAAACGUCCCAAGUGAUGAAAACGAUGGUUGUAAUAAGGUUAAAAAUGGUGAGAAUAUAGCGGAAAAAGGUAAAUGAUUUGGUUUGGUUUGAAGACUUUCUGUUUCCAUGGUUAUAUGUAACCCUAUGCUGGUAAAUUUGGUUAUUUUCGAUACUUUUAUUUGGUUCAGUAAGUCUGGAUGAAGCAUGGUAUGCCGGGAAGCACUAUACACGUGUACGUGGUCAAAGAAAUGUCUAAAAUACCAGCAUAGUGUGACUAAGAAUAUCUCAAGUAAAUAGUAGAUUUUUUAAUUUACCUAAAAGGAAGAUUUAUCGGGUAUUUGUAUUUUGUUUGUAAGUUUUCAAAAAAGUGCCUCAGUCCGUAGAUAUCUAUUUUUUGUACAACAUUAUGAUCAUUGUAAAAAUAGCAGCUGUUAAGGUGCCUUUCUACCUUAUGGUUUCUAGUACCCUAGUUAAAACACUUUCCCAUUUCACACCAAUACUCUGCUUUAAUAGACUUAGACAGUUUUCCAAUCAUUCUAUAGAAUUCCCACAGAUUAUCAAAAAUAUGCUUAGAGUGUGCAUAUCCUCAGUUUGAAUGCUGUAAAAAGCAGACGCCCAUUUUUUAUUUUUCAUUUGGAUAUUCGAUUUUUAGUGGUACAGAAAUGCACAAGCAUGUGAAAUGUUAUAAAUAUAUUAGGUCAUGUGACAUGAGCUUGAAAUAUACGCAUUUCCUGAUACUUCAAAGAAAUCAUGAUUUUAGCAUAUCACAUUUAACUUGCUUGUGCAGGAACAUUUUUGUGCUUCUGUGCUAUGAGUGUCAUAUAGAACUAACUGUUUUAACCGAUUUCAGGCCAGAAUUACAGAAUGACAAAAUUCAUGUUAUUUGUUUAAAAUUAUGUCACCAAAUGAGUUAUAUAUUUUAGUUCCAUUUUGGAGGAAAUACUUCAUUUACUUUAUUUUGGUUUUGAAUGGUAGUUUCAUUUUUGUUAUUCUUUAUAUUUUGUUAUCAUUAGGUUUUAAAUGAUCAAGAAGUUUUGAAUUUCAUUUCACUGGCUCUGACUUCAUUGAAAACAGGCAGAUUCUAUUUGACAUUUAGCAGUUGGCAUAAGAUAUCAACAAAUAUUAGAGAAAACAGCUUGUUAACCAGUCUCGAUUAUGGAGACUGUAACUUUUGCUCAUUUUACCUAAGAGUGGAGUUUCAAAAUUCUUUUAUGUAUACUUUUUAACCUGACUGUGAUAAUGUCCACUACGUAGGUAUUAUGUAUUAAGUGAAAACCUUUUUUUUAUUAUAAAGUUUCCAACAGUUUUUGGACUUUUGAACGAAUAACAACCUAAAACUUUUUAUCGCGGAAUUUAUAAUGUUUACAAUAUUAGUAUUAUAUUCUCAAUAUUAUAUGUAAAGGGCAAUAUCAUUGAAAAGAAAAUAAAAAAAGGGCAAUGCCAUACAUUGUUGAAUAUUCAGACCUGUUUUAGUUUUUUACAUAAGAUAUUAAUAUAAUUUAAGACAUUUUAAUAUUUAAAUGUAAAGUGGAGAUUUUAUUAUUGUACAUUGUAUAUAUGGAGCACAGAU